CCUUCCUAUAGUUAGAACAGACGGGGAUCAGGGAGCAGAGGAACCGGAGUCCAUCUUUAAACACAACAGCGACUCCCCGUCACCUCCUCAGUACCCCUGACCCAGCAGGACUACCCCUUCACCUCUCAGGACCCAGACCCCAGGAGGACUACACCAUGGUCGUCGUCACCGCGGGGCCCGGAGCCUCACACAAAGUGCUCCUGAUAGCAGGGAAGAGGACCGGGUCUUCCGAGGCGACGCAGCCGGGCUUCCGCCGGCCGCCAGUGGGCUUCAGCCGGCCGCUGUCCGCCGUGCUGCCGCCGUCCGCCUCCUCGAGUCCCGCGUCGUCCGACUCGGACUCCCCAUCGGUAGGUGGAGGUGGACCGCCGAUGAGGAAGAGACAGCGGCUCACACACCUCAGCCCGGAGGAGAAGGCACUGCGCAGGAAACUCAAGAACAGAGUCGCAGCACAAACCGCUAGAGACAGAAAAAAAGCCAAAAUGGGGGAACUGGAACAACAAGUCUUGGAGUUGGAGCUGGAGAAUCACAAACUUCACAUUGAGAACGGGCUGCUGAGGGAGAAGAGCAGCGGCCUGGUAACCGAGAACGAGGAGCUGAGACAGCGGCUCGGCUUGAACGCCCUCGAGACGAAAGAGAGCGUAAGCAUUCAAGACGGAACACUACUGAAUCAGAUCCGCAGCACUCAGGCUAUGUGUGCCUCCGCAGCAGGUGCAGGCCCAGUACCCUCUAAACCUGAAGACUUCCCAAUGGUUCCAGAUGGUCCUGACGCUUCAGACAAUGAGUCUGAUCUCCUCCUGGGCAUUCUGGACAUCCUUGACCCAGAGCUGUUCCUUAAGUCUUGUGAGCAGGAGUGUGCAGAGCCGCAGGUGUUGCUGGUCGGCCGGGGGCACCCACUACCGGCCGCCCCACCUGCAGCUCUGGGGGCCGCACCAGUUAAGUUGGAGGCCCUUAAUGAACUGAUCCACUUUGACCACAUCUACACCAAGCCCGUGGAUGUGGAGGAGUGCGACGGGCAGCACAGUGGCCACACGGAGAGCGACACCGAGGUGAAGAUUGAGGCGCCGGUCUACCGCGCCUCCAGCUACGAAGACGACGCCGCCACCGACGCGGACGACGAGGUUGAGCUGGAGACGGAGACGGUCUAUGUCAAGGACGAGCCCCAGGAGGAGGCCAUCCCCCGGGGCCGGCCCACGGACGACUUCCUCUCGGCGGCGGCGCUGGGCGGCCUGGACAAAGAGGCCUACCUGGCGGACGCCUACAGCGACUCUGGAUACGAGCGGUCCCCCUCCCCCAUCAGCGACAUGUCAUCCUCCCCCCUGUGCUCCGAGAGCUCCUGGGAAGACGUCUUCGCCAACGAACUGUUCCCCCAGCUCUUCAGUGUCUGAAGCCCAAGCCAAAACCCUGUUGAACCCAGCCUGGUUGCUCACCUAGCGGCCAUCUUGGUUCUUAAAGCUCACUUGGGUUUGGGGGUACUGAAUGUGUGAAGUGUUCAGUCCCCCCCCCCCCCCCCACUACCAACGAGCAUUUAGAAACAAGGUGGAAAUAAGAUGGCCGCGAGGUGGAUGAAUAGGGCCUGUAAGAUGACUUGUGGUGUAGCAGAACCAGGUGUCGGCCAUAAACGCAUUUUAAUCAUUUAAAGCACCCUCUUAAAGUUAGAAGUAAAUCAGAGUAAUCCUUUUUUACAACAGCAGGUCUGUACAUUUGGCGUUGCUGACUUAUGUCAGAUUUGAGUUCUCGGGUUACAUGGCAUCUCCAAAUGCUAUUGUGGCUCCAGAUGGCCAAAUCGUCCUAUAGUGAAGGGUGGUUUGAGCUCCAGUAUUUCAGUUGAUGUGUCUAUAGGGGACGGGGACUGAUCAUAUAAAUACAAAUCUUAUUUAUUUGUGUAUCAUUUUCAGAGUCUUUGUAUGUAAUUCGUUGGCAUGUAAAAAUGCAUUCUUUAAUUUUAUCGCUCUCCAUGUAGUCUAAUUACUGCAUUAAAGCUUUGCAUUCAA